AUGGACAACUCUCAGCGUGUGGCUCAGAAGGAGGAUCAAACUGUGGUUGCUCAAUCAAACGCCAAGAAAGACGCUACACGUACUCAUCAAACAAGGAUUCCCACUGAUAAGACUCGUUUUCCUUGGGCUGCUCAAAUGAUCAGCAAGCACGGAAUCUACAUCGAGUCACGUGACAAGGAAACUCAACAGGUUCCAACUGACGUUCCAAGCUCAUUGCAAGGACAUGUUAGGGUACCGCUGCAAGACAUGAGUUUGUCAAAGCCUGCCUCAAAUAAGGAUAAUUCAUCUCAAAUUCUGAUCAGUACGGUAGAUUUCACCUUCAACGUGGUGGAUGAUUUAGCUUCUCUGGCUGCGGUUUCGGCCCUUGAGAACAUGCCAAUAAUGGUAUAUGUGAAUGAAACGAUUGAUCCUCCAGCUACGGAGAGUGCCCCAUCUCAAACAAUGGCAUAUACGAAUGAAACGAUUGAUUAUCUGGCUACGGAGACUACCCCAACUUCAAAAAAUAACGAUUCAAUUGAUCUUUUAACACCAUUAGGGAAACGCAUCCUUCGGGAAAGACCGGUUAAACCUUCGGAAAAAGCAAAAGAGUGGCAGUUGCAAUCUACUGCUCGAGGGCGAGGAAACAAAGGACAUGGAAACAGAGGAAGACACAGGUAG